GAAAUGUUGUUUCAACCGACACAAACACUAAGAAGAAGAACAAGAAUGGCUUCCCCUCCUGGAUGUGAACAUUACGUCCGCAGCUGCUUGUUAAAAGCGCCAUGCUGUGGCAAACUGUAUGUCUGCAGACUCUGCCACGAUGCCGAGGAGAACCACCAGAUGGAUCGCUUUAAAGUCACAGAGGUGCAAUGCUCUGACUGCCUGACAGUGCAACAGGCCCAACAGACCUGCCAACAGUGUAAUGCUGAGUUUGGCGAGUAUUACUGUGACAUAUGCCAUCUGUUCGACAAAGAUAAAAAGCAGUAUCACUGUCAGCCAUGCGGCAUAUGCAGGAUAGGACCCAGAGAGAAGUAUUUCCAUUGUGACAAGUGUAAUCUUUGUCUCGUCAGUAGCAUGAGAGGAAACCACAAGUGCGUUGAAAAUGUUUCUCGGCAGAACUGCCCAGUGUGCAUGGAGGAUAUCCACACUUCAAGAAUCGGAGCUCAAGUUCUUCCAUGCGGUCACCUUCUACACAAGACAUGCUUCGAUGACAUGAUCAAAACCGGAGCGUACCGCUGUCCUCUUUGCAUGCACUCGGCCUGGGAAAUGGGCACCCACUGGGAGCACAUCGACAAAGAGAUCGCCCUGUCCCCAAUGCCCACAGAGUACCAGGACGCCACCGUCAAGAUCAUCUGCAACGACUGCCAGGCUCACUGCACGGUGGCCUUCCACGUGCUGGGGAUGAAGUGCACCGGCUGCGGCUCCUACAACACGGCGCAGGACGGAGGCCUCAUCCAGCCUCCAGCACCCCCUCAAGAACAGCAGGGGGAGGGGGCGGAGGAGGCGGGCCCCGAUGGGGAGCCGCAGGAGCAGCAGGAGGAGGUAGAAGGAGGUGAACCCCUUGAGUUUGAACCGGACAGUGACAGCGACGAGUGGAUGGACGCCGAGGCCGAAGAGGAAGCCGCAGAGGAAGCGCCAGCCCAGUAACCUGCACCCCCCCCCGCCACCAUUAAACCCCUCCCCCUGACCGUUACCCCCUCCCCAGACACAUGAACUUUUCCCCCGACACAUGAAACUGAAAUCACCUUCAACUCCUCCUCCAGAUUAAACUUCUCCCCCAUUAUGAAUCCCACUCUCCUCACUGUUGCGCUUCUGUGCUACGUCUUAGAAUAACACUUUCAACACUCUGGUAAUGUUGCACUCUGAUCAAGUGUUCAAUGGGGGAUUUCUCUGACUGUAAAUUUGAAGUUUUUGACCAUAACGAGGAACGAUCUGAGAAGUCAUGGCUGAAUAAGGGCACACUCACACUAGGGCUGUUUGCCUGUUCCGUGCUGCAGGAAGAUUCAGCACGAUUCCCCCCCUCCCCACUCCCCCCGCUGGCCCGUGGUCACACUGCUCCCAAAGGCCGUGGCCUGGGCAUGAUUACUCCUUCAUGCAUACGUCAUCACGUCGUGAAUACGAUAAAUACGUCAUCACCAAGAGUGGUGUCCAGCUGCGACUGAAUGCUGUCGUCGGCCCAAAUUUCAAGUAAACACUCGACUUCACUAUCGCACCAACGUAAACCCACUCGUGAACCGCUUGCCGCCAUUGUUUAAAAUGAUUGUUGCUGGGAAGAAGGGCAUGGACCUAUAAAGAAAGAAGUGUCGCGCAAGGACUACGUCAUCCAGCUCACGUUUCGUAUCCGCAAGUGUCAUCUCAUUAGCAUUUGUACUUUGGCCACGGCACACCUCUCCCGAGUGUGCCGUGGCCAAGGGGCUGUUCCGUGCUGGAAUACGGAGGGCGUGGUCACACUAGCCAAACGUUCUAGACUUUAGUAUGCAAAUGAGCUCGGGCACGGGGCUGCGGCCCUAGUGUGAGUGGCCCCCUAACACACACUUGUAGUUUCUGUUUCAGGGUCCUCUUUCAAAUGAUAAGUUAAAUCUUUGUGCUAUCCUUUAUUGGUUUGCACUUGUUUUGUGCUGGAGGCUGAACUAUUUUUUUUAUGUUUCUUACACUUUAAGCAUGGAGACGUUACACAGUGAAUGGAGAAUGGGACUUCUCUGUAUACUCCUGUUGCAAAAUUCAGUUUACUUAGUUGACGUGAUGUUUUGCAACUACACACGGUCAGUGUGUAGUGUGUGGUGGAAGUGUCUUAUCAACUUCUAUGCUUCAACAGAUUUGUUUUUUAAUCGUUUGUCAAAUUAUUCAGAGGAUUUAUGGUUUAACAUGACAAAAAUAAACUCAUGCGAUUAAUAAGAAAAUCCA